UUGGAAUGUUUGUUGCAGGGUUGCAUUUUGCGCAUCGUCCCAACACUGUUGCAGCGAUAUGCUGCUCCAUCAACGUCGUAUCCUGCGACCAACUCCGCCACCACCACCGCCGACGUUCGAAGACCCGUUAAGUCUUCCCGUGUGGCUAGUGGACAAUGUCACGCACGAAGCGACGGAGAUCCCAUGUGAACCAGCCACCCGUCAAGUGAAUUACCUGGCCACUGAAGUGGCAGACACUUUAUCGAUUCUCAGCCGUGUCAGUGGCGCGCCGGUUGCGCUAGUGAAUCUCAUUGCGUACAUGGCGGAUAUAUGUACAAAUCAUGCCGUGGACACGCACGACCUGGUCGUCGGAAAUGCACCGUUGGAUCGCGAGUACCUUCGUUUCGUUGUUCCCAUUUCGUCGACGCCACACCUGGAAGUGCUUUCUUCGAGUCUCGUCAUUGAGUGCGUGUCUCACGACCAAGGGUGGGCAAGCGAUGAUGCUGACAACCACUCGUACAAGAACUGCUGGAGCUGGGUGGAAUUCGAGGUCGUGGAUGUGUCGAAUGGGUCGGUUGUCCUGCCCCGGCAAGAAAUGUGUCGCAAUUUGCGAGCUUCGAAACCCUUUCGCCGCCACCGUUUGCGAGUGACUGACAAGGCCAUACUGGAUCGCCUGCGACCAGGAUGUCACGUCGUGCUCCACCUUCGCGCAGAGUUUAACGCGUGGUCAAAUCACGCGCGGUACGCCAGCAUCUCCCUUCGCCAGUGGUGGGGCCUUCGCGAUGAAGAGUCUGCCGUUAUAUCGAGCCGCUAGGCAUAACAUCGUUGCGUACAUAGCACUUGAAUAGACUAAUGAAUAUUCCCAUUCACGAUAAUUCACUCGGCAUUCUGUACUCGUGUAAGAUUCGACACUACAAUGUCCAUAUUCACAGUCCAUGCUACAAUGUAAUUCCAGUAAACAAACAUCAAAAUAAUGCCCAUAUAUAUAUAUAUAUAUU